AUGGAGAAUCAGCAAUUAUCGCCAUUUGUAGUAAUUCCAGCCAGAAAUAUACCAAUCUCGCUCGACGACGAUAACGAAACUUCAAGUCCUGAGCCACCAGCUCGUCAGCUAAGGAAAAGACUUCCAAUUCAACAGGCGCCAUAUUCUAUAGAGAGAAUUCGAGCAAGGAAGGCAGGUAUACCUACAGAAGUAGAUUCUAAAGUCUUAAAAUUACAAAGGGAGCAAACUUUCAGCGAAAGGUAUAAUUACGAAGAACAAGACGAUGGGUUCGUUGUACAUGAUUCAGACGAAAAUCCUUUCGGUAAUACAUUUGACGAACCUGAAAUGGAUGAGGAAAUCUCAAGUCAUGAGUCUCCAGGACCUGAGAAUUCAAGUGUUGGAAGCUUUAAUGAAACAGAUAAGCACUCUGCACAAUAUGUUCCUUCACCACCUAUUACAAGGUGCUUGCACGAAAAUAAAAAGAGCACGCGAUUAGAAACGCCAUUAUCAUCUGUCGAUGAUCUUUUAUUCAAUAAAUAUAUGCCACUAUACUCAAAUCAUGAGUCUUCAGAAUCUGAUAGUUCAAGUGUUGAAAGUUUUAAUGAAAUGGAGAAUUAUUCUAUACAAUCUAUUUCUUCGCCACUUAUUACACGAUGCUUACACGAAAACAAAAAGGAUACGCCAUUUGAUAGAUUGUUAAGGACUAAUUUGCAAUGGGCAAAGGAAACGCCAGUUCCAUCUAUCGACGAUCCUUUAUUCAAAAAAUAUACGCCACU